UGGAGCAUCUAGCGAUCCUAUUUCCUAAACUGACUUUCAACUUCCCUUUGGGGCAAGUCGUUCCUUGCAGUAACCACAGUUCUUAGCAGAGGAGAGCUGGAUGGUGCUGACUUCUCUUGGAAUUCCGGAAUGAUUCAAACCAUGAGGCCGUCAGCAAGAAUUAUUUGGCUUUUAUUAUGGACUGUUUGUGUAGCAGAAGAUUGUAAAGGACCUCCUCCAAGAACAAAUACAGAAAUUCUGUCAGGUUUUUGGCCUGACCAAUCAUAUCCAGAAGGCACCCCGGCUUCUUACAAAUGCCGUCCUGGAUACAGAACACUUGGGACUAUUGUAAAAGUAUGCAGGAGAGGAGAAUGGGUGGCUAAUAACCCAUCCAGGAUAUGUCGGAAAAAGCCAUGUGGGCAUCCUGGAGACACACCCUAUGGGUCAUUUAGGCUGACAGCUGGAUCUGGGUUUGAGUUUGGUGCAAAGGUUGUUUACACCUGUGAUGAGGGGUACCAACUGUUAGGUGAGAUUAAUUUCCGUGAAUGUGAUGCGAAUGGGUGGACAAAUGAUAUCCCGAUAUGUGAAGUUGUUAAGUGUUUACCAGUGACAGAACUGGAGAAUGGAAGAAUUUUAAGUGGUACAGGAGAACCAGACCAGGAAUAUUAUUUUGGACAGGUGGUGCGAUUUGAAUGUAAUGCAGGCUUCAAGAUUGAAGGACAGAAAGAAAUGCACUGCUCAGAAGACGGCCUUUGGAGCAAUGAAAAGCCAAGAUGUGUGGAAAUUUCCUGCACACCACCAAAAGUCAAAAAUGGAGUUGCUGUAUCUCAUAAACCAGUUUACAAGGAGAAUGAAAGAUAUCAAUAUUCGUGUAACCAAGGCUAUGAAUACAAAGAACGAGGAGAUGCAGUCUGCACGGCUUCUGGAUGGAACCCUCAGCCUUCCUGUGAAGAAAAGACAUGCAAAGAACCUUACAUCCCAAACGGUAUCUACGCACCUCACAGGAUUAAACACAGAACUGAUGAUGAAAUCACAUAUGAAUGUGUAAAGGGCUUCUAUCCUGCCACCCGGGGAACUACUGUAAGGUGUACAAGUACUGGCUGGGUCCCUGCUCCAAGAUGUAGCUUGAAACCUUGUGAUUUUCCACAAUUCAAACAUGGACGCCUACAUUAUGAAGACUACUACAGGCCCUACUUUCCAGUACCUAUAGGCAAGGAGUACGCCUAUUCCUGUGACAGCGGGUUUGUGCCGACUUCAAGGUCAUCUUGGGACUACCUUCGUUGCACAGCACAAGGGUGGGAGCCUGCAGUGCCAUGUGUCAGGCAAUGUGUUUUUCGUUAUGUGGAGAAUGGGAAAUCUUCAUACUGGGAAAGAAACUAUGUACAGGGUCAGUCUACCAAAGUCCAGUGUUACACUGACUACACUCUUCCAAAUGGACAAGACACAAUUACAUGUACAGAGAAUGGCUGGUCCCCUCCACCCAAGUGCAUCCGUGUCAAGAAAUGUUCAACAUCAGAUAUAGAAAUUGAGAAUGGGUUUUUUUCUGAAUCCCUUCUGACAUAUGCUCUAAACAGAAAAACAAGAUAUAGUUGUAAACAGGGAUAUGUAACAGCAAAUGGAGAAACAUCAGGAUUCAUUACUUGCCUUCAAGAUGGGUGGUCAGCUCAACCGUCAUGCAUUAAGUCUUGUGAUAUGCCUGUAUUUGAGAAUGCUUGGACUAAAAAUAAUAACACCUGGUUUAAACUUAAUGACAAAUUAGACUAUGAAUGCCAUAUUGGAUAUGAAAACAGACAUAAGCAUACCAAAGGCUCUAUGACAUGUACUUACGAUGGAUGGUCUGAUAUACCCUCAUGUUAUGAAAGAGAAUGCAGCAUUCCCAUUCUAGAACCACACUUAGACGUUAAUCCCAAGAAAGAAAAAUAUAAAGUAGGAGAUUUGUUGAAAUUCUCUUGCCGACCAGGAUACAGAGUUGGAGCAAAUUCAGUACAAUGCUACCACUUUGGAUGGUCCCCUAGUUUCCCGACAUGUAAAGGUGAAGUAGGAUCAUGCAAUCAACCUCUUGAAAUCAAAAAUGGGGAAAUUAAAGGAACAAAGAAAGAAGAGUACAGCCAUGGUGAUGUGGUGGAGUAUGAUUGCAAACCUAGGUUUCUGCUGAAGGGACCCAGUAAAAUCCAGUGUGUUGAUGGGAACUGGACAACCUUGCCGAUAUGUGUUGAGGAAGAGAGAACAUGUGGAGACAUUCCUGAACUCGAGCAUGGCUAUGUCCCGCAAUCUAUCCCUCCCUACCACCACGGAUACUCAGUGGAGUUCACUUGUGCAGACACAUUCACAAUGAUUGGACAUGGUUCAGUUUCAUGUUAUCGUGGAAGGUGGACUCAGCUUCCUCAAUGUGUUGCAACAGAUCAACUAAAGAAGUGUAAAGCACCAAGGUUUACUGAAGUAGAGACAAUCCAACCCAAUAAGAAUGAAUUUAAUCACAACUUUAACAUGAGUUACAGAUGUAAAGGAAAACUGGAAUAUGGCCACUCAGUCUGCAUCAAUGGAAAAUGGGACCCUGAGCCAAACUGUACAAGAAAAGAGAAAACAUCCUGCCCUCCUCCACCACAGAUUCCCAAUGCCCAAGUGUUCGAAACCACAGUGAACUAUUGGGAUGGAGAAAAAGUGUCAGUUCUUUGCCAAGACAAUUACCUAGCUAAGGACACAGAAGAAAUGGUGUGCAAAGAUGGAAGGUGGCAGCCAUUACCACGCUGUGUUGCAAAAAUUCCAUGUUCUCAGCCCCCUAAAAUAGAACACGGAUCUAUUAAAUGGCCUACCUUGUCAGAAGAAAGGAGUAAUGCAACUGAGUCCAGCAGUCAUGAACACGGCACAACCUUCAGCUACGUUUGCGAUGAUGGUUUCAGGAUAGCUGAGGAGCAUGGGGUAACCUGCUACAUGGGAAAAUGGAGCUCUCCACCUCGUUGUGUUGGACUUCCCUGUGGACCUCCACCAUCAAUUCUUCAUGGUAUUGUGUCUCAUGAACUAGACAGUUACCAAUAUGGAGAAGAGGUUACGUACAAUUGUUCUGAAGGUUUUGGAAUUGAUGGACCAGCAUUUAUUAAAUGUGAAGGAGAAAAGUGGUCCCAGCCACCAGUUUGCAUAAAAACUGAUUGUAACUAUACACCCAAGUUUGAAAAUGCCAUGCUUGAAGAAGUGGAAAAAUAUUCAUAUAGGUCAGGAGAACAAGUGACAUUCAAAUGUUCACCUAAUUAUCAGAUGGUCGGGACCAACACUGUGACAUGUGUUAAUAGCAAGUGGAUUGGACAGCCGGUAUGCAAAGAAAAUUCCUGCGUGGACCCACCAUCUGUGGCAAAUGCUACUAUAGUAACAAGGCUCAUGGCUAAAUAUUCAAAUGGUGAGAGAGUACGUUAUGAGUGUAUUAAACCUUUUGAAAUAUUUGGGGAAGUUGAAGUGAUGUGUCAAAAUGGAAUUUGGACCGAACCACCAAAAUGCAAAGAUUCAACAGGAAAAUGUGGGACUCCUCCACCUAUUGCCAAUGGAGACCUCACCACCUUCCCAUUACAAGUAUAUGCACCAUUAUCAUCAGUUGAAUAUCAGUGCCAGGCCUAUUAUCAACUUAAGGGGAACAGCAAAAUAACAUGUAGAAAUGGAGAGUGGUCAGAGCCACCAACAUGUUUAGUUGCAUGUGUAAUACCAGAAGAAACUAUGAGAAAACAUAACAUAGUUCUCAAAUGGAGAGCAAAUGAAAAGAUAUAUUCCAAAUCAGGAGAGGCUGUUGAAUUUGACUGUCAACGUGGCUAUAAACCAGCAAGACGAUCACGUGCUUUUCGUACAACGUGUAUUGAUGGUCACAUCAAUUACCCAACUUGUGUAAAAUAACAAUGUAAUUAUUGCUACACUUUAUGGAUGAACCUUUGUUUGGUAAUGGGCAUACAUAAUAGUAAUAGAGUUUUAAUUUACAUUUGAAGUAUUGUUUAAUUUCUUCUCAUAAGUAUAAACUUUUGUUUAUGUGAUGAUUAAUUUUGAACCUGAAAGGCUGUUACCACAAAUGCAAAACCAGGGUAUUCAAAAGUUCUAAUCCAAAAUGUGAUGUGUCCUAGCACAAACAUCAGUGGCAAAAAGACAUGUAACUUCUUCAGUGUCUGUUUCUAUCCAGCACAAUCUCAAAUCUUCAUGGAUACCUUUUGAUCUAAGGUUCUGAUUCACAGUAAGUGGAAGAAACAUUGUUUCAGUCUUCAAACUAUUUUGAUUUGACAAAUAUGUAACAGCAAAAAUGUCAUAUUUAACAUUACUAAUGAAUGUAAAUAAUUACUACAUACUACCUUUUAUCAAUAAACAAAUUUAAGAAACUUUUCGCAUA